AUGUACAAAAAAGGCGACAACGUUCAGUACAAGCCCAUCGGAGGCCCUAACUCUCAAGUCUCCGAUACCACCGGCAAGGUAAUGGGUGCCGUCAACGAUGAGAGUGGAAUCAAGUACGAAAUCAGAAAUGACAACACCGGAAAGACGUCUCGCGUCCAGGAGGGAAAUAUUGAAGGUUCCCUUGGAGGCACUAGUUCUUCUUCUUCUCACACCGGUACCCGUUCCUCGGCACAUGGCAAUAAGAGAGGAGCCAAUCUCGGAGCUACUGAAGGAAUGGAGGGUGCCGCGAAUGUUGAACCAUCAUACCACUACGAGAAGGUCAAGGUAUACGACAAGUAG